AUGAGCUGCAGGGCGCAGUUGCCGGAGAAGGGCGACGCUACGGGGCUCAGCGAGGAAGGUAGCGGAGGUCGACGUGUGUGCGGCGUGGGAAAGCAAGAGAAGCAGGGCGAGGCCGACGGCGGGGCAGCCUUGCGAUGGCGGUGCACUGUAGCAGAAGAAGCAGAGGAAGGCACGGUAGAGGAGGCCGACGAGGGGAAGGUGACGAUGCAGGCGGCUGGAGAUGGUGGUGGCGCGGAGGCCGGGCGCGGCGCCAUGGGGAGGCGACAACGCGGAGGAGGGGAGGCUGCAGGGGCAGCGAUGGUCAACGACGAGGGCGGCGGGGAGUUCCGGUGGCGCGGCACCAAGGGCAGCAAGGAGGAGGUCGGGCGCGGGGGUCUCGCGGUGGAGGCCGCGAGGGGAUCGGGUUCCUGCCGUGAGCUUGGCUUUGACAAGGAGUUGAGAAGGUUGCCCGGCACUGCGAUCCGCGGCAUGCCAAACAGAUAA